GAUACAAAUAGUCUCAAUCAUGGACGUCGAAGAGAGAGCUCUCAUAAGAAAAAAGAAGAAGAAAUCCAAAGUGAUAGGAAAAGAAAAUGAACACGAAAGAGAAUCCUCACAACCUGACACAAAAAUUGAAGAUCUUCUGAAAGCAGUUGUUGAUAAAUCUAAAAGUGAUGGAAAAAAGAGGAAGACGAAGAAGAAAACAGACGAGGAGAUAAUGCUUCAGACAAUUAAGAAAGGCACAGCUGUUAAGAAAGACAAUGAAGACUCAAUCAUCGCAGCAAAUAUAUACAAUGAAGACGAAUCUCCUCGCACUAGAAAAAACAAUAAGAAUGCUCGUAAAGCCAAGAAAGGCAUAGAUAACGAUAUGUACAUCGAGGAAACUGCUCUUGAUAGUCAACUUGACACGCCAAAGAAACCUAAAAAGAAGAAAAAAUUGAAGGUUGUGACAUCUGAAGAUGAUGGUGGUGCGAUGACAAUAUCAGAGCUGGAAGACACACCCAGGAAGAAAACGAAGAAAAAGAAACCUAAAUCAACAACAGUAACGGAAGACGAGAAAACAGAAGAUGAACUUGAUAAGGUCAGAUCCGCGGACGAAACAACCAGGACGGAGAAUGAAGAUGAUAGGACUGAUGCGACAGAGACAUCAAAGGUAAAAGGCAAGAAAAAAAAGAAAAAGAAAAGACAAGAACCUGUGGCAGAGGAUCUACCACCAGAACCUGAGUACACCCCCGAUGACGGCACAGUGUUGGGAAUAAAUAUUCACAGAACAGACAGUCUGAAAACAGAUCUGUAUCUGACUCAUCCAGUGGUUAGAGUACAUCUAGUGGACCUGGAGACUGGUAAACAUGUGACAAAACAAACUAAAGGUAGACCAGUAACAUAUUUUUAUGAAAAAGAAAAUGACAAAGUAGACUACGUGCUUCCGAUGAUGACGCAACCUUUUGAUUUUAAGAAAAGAAGAUCUAUGAUUCCUGCCUGGGAAGAAUUACUGCUUUUUAAUGAAAAUUAUUCGUAUUUUAUACAAUUAAAAGAAGACUAUCCUAAAGUAAUUGUUUUUUUCGAGCUGUUAGAUUUCAUCAGUAUGAACGCCGCUACUUAUAACAAUGUUAGGAACGAUGGCGGAUGGCAUCGGGUAGCGUGGGCAUUUUUAAAAAUUGUCGGCAGUCAUGGUGCACCUAACACAGGAAAGAAAAUCCGACUUCAAUUAUUUUACCCGCCAGUGAACUACCGAGCUAAACAAGGGUCUGUAGAAGUGUACCAAUGGUGGUUGAAUCUACCACGUCAACCGUACCCAUCAACGCUGUACGUAACGUUAAAAGGGUUACAACCCCCUAAUAAUAUCCAGCCCGCUGUCAGGUCAUUCUUUGCUACACAAGAGGAGGAAGGAACAAUGACAUACAAAGAUCUGAAGAAAAGUGUUGGAUGGGGAAUGUCUUCAGCAUCCACAGGAAGAGGUAGAGACAAAGGCAAGAGUGGUAAUCCAGCCAUGUGGUCCAGGCUACCGGGCCAGACCUGUCAUGUACCGAAUAAACCAACCUACUCUCUCUCCGCUGGUAGGAAAGGAUGUUUUGUAUUGAAAUUCUCACAUGAUGGAAGGAGUCUUGCGUGUGGUGGUUCUGAUAAAGCCAGUUAUCCCAUCUAUAUCUAUGAGAUUCCGUCGGGCAGACUCCGUGGUGAACUACCGGGACAUUACAGCAUUAUUUACGAUUUAUGUUGGUCUGACAACGAUCAGGAGAUAUUAUCAGCAUCGUCUGAUGGCACAGCUAGAAUCUGGGAUACUGAGUCUGUGGGUGCGACAGCAAUACGUAUAUUCCCACAUCCAGCUUAUGUCUACACAGCGCAGUAUCACCCACAGUCGGAAAAUAUCGUUGUGACGGGAGGGUUUGAUCAUGUUAUCAGGGUAUGGAAUAAAAAGAGUGCUCAAGUACACGGAGAGCUUCUUCACGAGUUGAUCGGCCACAAAGGUUACAUCAAUUGUCUGUGUUUUAGUCACGAAGGCGAUAAGUUAUACUCUGCUGACAGCGUUGGUUCUAUUAUUGUAUGGAAUGCAUCAAUGCAUCUCAGGCAACGUAGCGCUGCUGCGAAAAAUAAAUGGUCGAUAGAAAAGACGAUUGCAGAAAAAGAAAUGGAAGGUGUGACCAUCAACAGUAUCAAGCUACAUCCCGGCGGGACUCGACUGUUGGUACACGGCAGAGAUAACAACAUCCGAAUGAUUGACCUCAGGAUAUAUACAAUUAUGCAGAGAUAUCUUGGUGCUUUGAAUUUUCGUGAACAACUAAAAAGUUCGCUGUCAGCAUGUGGUACGUUUGUCUUCUCCGGGAGUGAAGACUACCAGGCGUAUGUAUGGAAUACCGAUACAGGCGAUCAAGUCGCUAUCUAUUCUGAUUUGGGAUAUACGAAUCCCGUGUCCGACGUCGCUUACCAUCCAUUUGAUCACAUGAUAGCGUUCUGUUCUUUUGGUGAAAAUCAUCCGGUACAAAUCUAUAAUUAUGAUGCAAAAGUUGCCCAGAUUGAUCUGGGUAUCCGUGAACUGAAAGAGAUUGAUAAAUCCAAAGAUGGCACCAGUACAUUACAAAGUACUGGCUUAUCCGAUUUACAAGCUGUCUUGGCUACUAAGGACAGGAUAGAAGAAGCUGUGAACGCCCAACAAGCCAGACGAAUGGACCAAGUAUCUAAGAAAUUAGCGUCAGUUAACGCUUUUAGCAGGUUGCUUGGCGAAGUACGAGAACGGAAUCAACAAGAGGUGACUUGUGGUAUGAUGGGUACUGGAGGAUGGGCUGGCCAUUCAUUGGCGAGGAAAGGACCUAACGUAGCACUCACGGCAGGUCCUGGUGGGAAAGCUUCCUUCAGUUUCAAUGCACCCUUGUCACCACUGAAGGACAUUAAACACAGACGUGUAGUUUCACUGUAUGACUAUAAUCAAGCCAGAUCGGAUGAGCUGAAUCUAUUGAGAGGUGAUGUGAUAACAGUGUUACAUCAAGACAAUGAAAACUGGUGGCUGGGUGAAUUGGUAAAGAAUGGUCAGCAAGGAUACUUCCCUGCUAACUAUGUCACACCUCAGGAAACCAUGGAAAUGCAGGAUAUAGAGGACGUCCUCGAUGGUGGUGACGUCAACGAGAAACCCAGUAUGUACGGUACUGGUCCAUCAGAAAGUGAUGAUUUGUUGGAUGAAACACCAAAACCAAAGAAAAGAACUAAAGCCAAAAAUAAAUCAAAUAUGUCAGCUGUAGUGACGGCUACUGGUGAGCUGAAAAUACUCUCAGGGCCCGAAGACACAGUCAGUGAGAUGGACAUACCUACUGUACCAGCAAGACAAAAGAAGAAAAGGGUAACCACUAAGCAACUUGCUGCCACCGGCGACACAACAACUGAUGGUGAAACUCCUAGGAAACCUAAACCCAAAAGACGAGGCUCCAGAGAAAAUCUACUAGAUGAUGAUGAGACUCCAAGAACGACCUCAGACACCGAGAAAAAAGGUGGUAAAAGAAAAACUAAAACGAAACACAUUGAAAAAUCAGCGUAGAAUAUUUACACCUGUUUAUUUUAAAAAAUAAUUUGUAAAUAACUUUAUAAUGUUGUAAACCCGGCUGAAUGGUUCAUAAGCUAUCAAAUUCACACCCGUCCAAAAGAAAUUAUACAUAUAGUUUGUGGAGAUCGUCCAACAGGUUUACACUGUAAAUAGUUCAGAGGUGCACAGCACUACUGAAAUGUUUCUCACAUUUUAAUUUAUAAUUUGCCAAAUAAAAAAAAAAAUUAAAAGUACUUUUCAUGAAGAUUAUUUUGAUAUUUUUUGUAUUAAAGUAUUCCCGUUUCUGUAUUUAUUGGUAUAUCAUCAUAUUCCCAAUUAUGUUUAAUAUACGGAUGAUUCUAUUUCAGUUUUAGAAAACAUGCUUGUUUUAUUUCAACGAAUCAGCAGGUGUGAUUGGAUAAUCAGAAUUUAUGACGAAAAUCUUCUAUAUUGUGGGUGCUAAAUUUGUAAAUCAGAUAAACUAAGAACUUUGUUUUAAAUUUGUAAAUAUAAUAGUUUGUACAGUUGUACAUAUUAACACAAAUUUGAAUUUACUUUCCUUGAAGUUUGUUCUCAUUGGCAUUCCUGAUGAUGAUUAUGGGAUGUUUAUCUCACCAAUGACAUGGUUUUUAUGACCUCUGGAUGUUUUUUAUGUUGAUAGUGCUUAUCAAUAAAACUACACAUUCAGUAUUUGCCUUCUCUUCUCCACCAAUUUGGUAAUCAGUUUACUUCCGCUUCUCUGCAUACAUGGAUCACCUUUAAUUAUAUAAUUUAUAAAUAUUAAAUUAUUACUAUGUUGUCAAACCUAUGAUAUGAUGGUACUACAACAAUGACGCCUAACCCCUUUCAAUAUUCAGUAUCAAUUUUUUUAGUACGGUAAAUUGAAUUGCUAAAUUCAAACUAAAGGAACCUAGUGAAGUAUAUUAAAACAUGAAAGUAUUAAUUUAAACCCAGUUUAUAUAACUCUUUUCAACCAUAGACACGUCCACCAUCUUAUGUGAAUUUUGUACAAAAACUGUAUAUUGUAGUCUUGGUAACCAUA